GCCCUUUGCAACACUCUUUAACUGAGCAUACGAACUCUUGCCAUUGACUUAUGAUUCAUCCGACUUGGGCUUCGUCUGUCAGACAUUGUGCUGAUCCAGUGUCUUCUAAGGCGCUCCUAACACCUGCUCGUGUGGUUAUAACGCGAUGUGUACGCUAUGCGCCGUGCUUGGAUAUUGCAAUGCCGUAUCCGGGAAUUUCUGCCCGCCUUUUGCAAUUCACACAUCCUGCAGGAAAAAGGCGGACGGACAUCUCGUCUACCGGCGCAGCAUACAAGGUCCAUAUAAUUAGGAAUGAUAUCCAAGUCAGCUAUCUAUUCUCAACGUUUGUCGGUUCUGACCGGUCCACAACCUGACGAUUUAUUACGCACGAUGCCACGAGAGUGGCGUCAUUAACGUUGACCGUUUUUCUGCAACGCGAGCUUUUGUAGGUGGCCGUAUGGACUUUC